UGUCGUCAUCAUCGCGCGACAGGCGUUUGAAGACGAGCGCAAUAAUUUGUUGGCAUAAUAUCUAAAGAGGGUCUUUUAAAUGGCUUUGAUCAUAUGAUUUUGGACUAAACAGUCACGGAGUAAAAUGAAAAUUCACGUAUGGUAACAGCACAGAACAUUGUUGUAUCCCAGGAUAUAUGUCUAUUGUUUACAGCCUGAGAGAGGAAUGAACGAGGCGCAGUCAAUGCCGCAGGGACUUUCAGCAGCCUGGGACACAGUGACAUCUGCACUGGUGUGUCCUGUGCUACCAAAUGCUUCGACUGAUGAGGUUCUCUCUCAAGCCUUGGCCCUGCUGGGUGUACAUGGACUGGGGCAGUAUGUGGAAGGCUGGCUGCUGGAGACUCUGCAGGUGCGUUUGACUACUUCUGUUGCUCCAGAGUUCUGGACGGGGCUCAAGCAGCCAGAGGGGGAGUCACAGGAGAGGGACAGGGCAAAAGCUUUACUAGAAGCCUUCCGAAACCUUCUCCAAGAGCUCCAACCUUUCCUCGAUGGUCUUGAGAGACUGGGCUCAUGGCAGGACGAGAGCCGUGGGGGUCUGUCUGGUCCAGGGGCCCGUGGUCUGACAGAGAGAGCUUUCUCUGUCAUUCGUGCCAUUCUUCUGUUCUCCCCUCCACCUGUGCUGCAAGAGCGUGUGUUGGAGUUUUACAGCCGCACAUUCUCUGUGCACAUGAGUCAGGCAGGGGAAGCUGUGGAGGCUGAGGAGGGCACAGCGGAACAUGAUGAAGGCGGUUUGUGCCCAGGCUGUGCCGUCCUCCCUCACCUGUGUUGGUGUCAGGUAGCUCUAGAGCAGCUUCAAGAGCUCAGCCACAUACUCUCCACACUACAGCUGUUGGAGCGUGUGAGCUCAGAGGCCGUGACCAGCAUCCUGCACCAGCUGAUAGAGCAGAGGAUGGAGCAGCGCUGCAGGGGAGAAUACGAGAGCUCUUUUCUCACAGACUUCAAUGAUUGGUUGGGGCAGGUUUUGGGAUGGCUGAGCAGGGUGUUUGCCAGUAAGGUGGAAGAGGUAGGCAGUGAUGGCACAAGGGGUCAGCCAGCCAAUGCUCUCCUCCAGCGCUGGCACUGUCACAUGCACCAGUUCUUCUGCCGUAUCUAUGUAAACAUGAGGAUCGAGGAGCUCUUCAGCAUCAUACGAGAUUUUCCAGAGUCUAUUCCUGCCAUUGAGGAUCUUAAGUUCUGUCUGGAACGGACCAAUCAGAGACAGCAGCUUCUUGCCUCCCUCAAAUCAGCCUUUGAAACACGACUGCUGCAUCCAGGAGUCCACACAUCUGACAUUAUCACUGUUUACAUCUCUGCCAUCAAAGCUCUAAGAGAGCUCGACCCUUCUAUGGUGAUCUUGCAAGUGGCCUGCCAACCCAUUCGCAGAUAUCUCAGAACGCGUGAGGACACUGUGCGUCAAAUAGUGGGCAGUCUGACGGGUGACGCAGAAGGUUGUACUGAUCUAGCCAAUGAACUCUCUCGAGCUGACCCUGUUACCUUGGAGACACAGGAUAGUGAAGAUGAGGGGAGUGAUCCAGAGGACUGGACUCCAGAUCCUACUGAUGCUCUCACAGAUAAAACUGGCUCUAAACGGCGCUCUUCUGACAUCAUCAGUCUGCUGGUCAGCAUUUAUGGAAGUAAAGAGAUCUUCAUUAAUGAGUACAAGACUGUACUGGCUGACCGACUUCUGCAUCAACUCAACUACAACACAGCCAGAGAGAUUCGCAACGUAGAGCUGCUAAAACUGAGGUUUGGCGAGUCCCACAUGCAUUACUGUGAGGUGAUGUUAAAGGAUGUAGCAGACUCUAGGCGGAUCAACGCUAAUAUUCGUGAGGAAGAGAGUCGUCUUCCUGUAGAGGAGCAGUCUACAUUACCGCUGUCUUCCAUGAUCAUCUCAUCUGAGUUCUGGCCCCAGCUGAAGGAGGAGAAGAUGGAGUUGCCUGCGGUCGUCUCUAAAGCCAUGGAGGACUACACACACCGCUUUGAAAAACUCAAGGCCAUGAGGACUCUGAGGUGGAAGCCUCACCUGGGUUCUGUUACGCUGGAUGUGGAGCUGGAGGACAGAACCAUCGCAAACCUCACAGUGACUCCCAUCCAUGCUGCCAUCAUUUUACACUUCCAGGACAAAGGUACAUGGACAUUGGAAGAGCUGAGUAGUGUCCUAGGCGUGCCGCAAGAGAUGGUGCGCAGGAAGUUGGCGCUGUGGCAGCAGCAGGGCGUGCUGCGGGAGGAAGCCGGAGGUCGAUAUACUGUGCAGGAGACAAGCUCCUGCAGAGAGAGAUCAGACAGAAGUGUCAUGCUCAUAGACAGUGAUGAGGAGGGAGACUCUAACACCGCAACACAGUCUGAGCAGAGAGAAGAGAAACUACAGCUGUUCUGGGCCUACAUUCAGGCCAUGCUGACUAACCUGGAGAGCAUGACUUUGGAGAGGAUCCACUCCAUGCUGCGAAUGUUUGUGGCCGCCGGAUCUGGGGUCACUGAGAUGGAUGUGAAUGAGCUGCAGGCUUUCCUGCAGAAGAAAGUCAGGGCCCACCAGCUUAUUGUGUCCACUGGUGUAUACAGGCUGCCCAAGACCACUCAGUAGUCAGAAACCAAUGAGUGGAGGUCAGAAAAACAUCUCAUAACUUGUGUCCCAAAACACAAAAUUAUCCUGGUUGGUUCAUUGUGCAAAAUAAUAAAAUGACAAAUUUUGUAAUCACAUCUUGCAGUCUUUUUUGUAUGCAAAAUAUAGUGAUGUGGAAAUGUUUUUGCCACCAUCCAGAUUCUUUUUUCUUUUUGUGUGUAUUUCAUAAGAAAUAGUUUUAGAUUUUCAGAUGAAAUGCAAAAUAAAACAAAGCAAGAGUAAACGGCUUUUAUUAAUUAAUUUUUACUGAGAAAAAAAAAAGUCAUCCAACACUUAUCACCCAUGUGAAAAACUAUUUGCCCCCUUAAGCUUAAAAUAUGGUAGUGUCUCCUGUAGCAGCAAUAACUGAAGAUAAGUCUUUCAUAGUGUUGUGUUGGAAUUUGGGCCAAUUCUUCUUUGCAUAACUGCUAUAGUUCAGAAACAUUGGAGGGUUUUCAAGUCAAGUCACCUUUAUUUAUAUAGUGCUUUUAACAAUACAGAUUGUGUCAAAGCACUUAACAGUAUCAAAUGGGAGGAUAGAGUGUCAGUAAUGUAUAAUGAUAAGAUAAGAUAGGAACUUAAGGUCCUGCCACAGUGUUUCAAUUAGGUUCAAGUCAUGACUUUGACUAGGCUACUCCAAAACUUUUGCUUUUUUGGAGCCAUUCAUAAGACUUACUCCUCUGUUUUGGAUUAUUGUCCUGCUGCUUAAUCCAGGUGCGCUUGAGAACCCUUCCCAGAAUGUAUUACAAUCAGCUUCUUCCUCAUCAUUUCUGAAAUUUCUUUCACCUUUGGCAUAGUGUGUUACUAGGUAAGACAUUUAAACCAACUUCAUGUUGUUGAAAAAGUUCUAUUAAAUGCUGAUUUAAUUAAACAAGGUUGUCAGUAAUCAGAUCUGAUUGUGUCUAGUCUAUCUGAACAGAAUGGAAUUUGUAAGUACAGGGGCAAAUACAUUUUCACACAGGCUUAGCUGGCUUCAAUAAUUAAUAUGAUCAUAUAAAACAGUAUUUUGUGUUUGCUUAGGUUGCUUUUGUUUUAUGUUAGAUUUAGCUCUCAUUUCUGAAACAAUUUAGUAUGUGAUAUACACAAAAACAGAAGAAAUCAGAAUAAGGGCGAAUGCAUUUUCCCAACACUAUAUGUCUACAUAAUUUCUGAUAAAAACAUAAUUUGAAUUAAAGGUUAAAUUUGAUAUGUACUCUUUGUGUGUGUGUGUGUGUGUGUGUGUGUGUGUGUGUGUGUGUGUAAUGCAAUUCAAAAGAUUGGGAUCUGUAAGAAUUUUAAUGUUUUUAUUAAGUCAUUAAGUCUCUUGUUCUUAUCAAGGCAGCCAAAAUUCAAUAAUAUUGUAAUAUUGUGCAAUUUAAAAUUAUUAUUAUUAUUUUUUUUCCUGUGAUGCAAUUUUCAUCAGCUAUUAUUAUUCUAAAUCAUUCUAAUAUGUUAUUUUAUUAUCAGUGUUGAAAACAGUUGUAUUGAUUAA